GCAGCAAUGGCGCAGGACCAUACACAACCGCUGAUCGUGCCUCAGCCCGGAUUCUUAAUUACUCAGUUCCGUCCGAACGUACCAUUUCCCCGCCCGGUUCAAUCACCUGUUGGUUUCUUUGACGGUCGUCAGCAGAAUCCGUGGGCAUCCGUAGUGGGUCAUUUGCCCGCUACAGCUCCUCUCCUUCACCCUCCCCCUCAACCCUCAGCUCAAGUGCCAAACGAAUCAGUUGACCGGGAUUACCGUGUCGUUAGCUACGAGGACUUGGAAAAAAUGUUACCAGAAACAAAAGCUUCCACACGAGUCGAAGUGGGCCUGCUUCCCAGUGGCGAGGCUUUCGCUCCAAAGACAGCUGCAAGGGGCGAAUAUCUCCUUUUUCCAUCAAAAGCCAGUUACAUCCUUUAUUUUACGCAUCACUAUUUUUCGCGUGAAAAUCUCAUCCGGGAUUCCACUUUCCUCCGAAUGCUUGUCAACCGGCUCACACUCCCACUGGACAAGCUCAUACAAGCCCCACGCCUUCUCGCUUUGAAAACAACCGUGGAUGAGGUGGAACAGGCGUUGAUCAACAGCAAAGUGGUUUGUCUAGAAGAUAUGGGAGGUGGCCUGCGUGGAGUUCGUCGGAUUGAUCGAUUUCCGGAGGAAUCGUGGGUACCAUACCCAUCGUCCGACAACAGUUUGACAGCAUUAGUGACGAACAGGUCAAUUCCGCCUCACGUGCCACCAACCUUUUCACCAAAUGAAGCUGAGGAGGGUAUCCUUGUCACGUCAAAUGCUUCAGUGACCGAUCUCGGUAGCAACGAGCCCACAGUCGAUCAGUCCCCUACAUCUACCAACAUCAGAGAAAUCGGGAGCUCAACCCCCACCGCUAUAUCCAAUCAGCCUAGUUUUGCCAGUCCUCUCACUUCCACUAGUACUGUCAUUGGGCAGCUCACCACUGCGUCUGCAAACACUUUCACCUCUCAGGCGACACGCAUGACCACGGGACCCGCGAACGCUGCUCUCUCAUUCGACCGCUCUCCCGGUGCGAGCUGGCCACCGCAACAUGCUGGUGCAUUGAUCUGCUCUAACGGUUAUACUCUGACUGCGGGAUCACAGCAUUCUAUCAGCGUGGGUCCACCAGUCCCCAUUGGUGGAUAUCAAAAUAGCCUUCCCAAUGGUUCGAACUAUGCCUCUCCAAUACAGGGUGGAAGUUUACACUCGACCGAAGGUGUGCCCGUCCACGCAUUGCCCAUUCGGCCAGCAUCGUGUCUCCCGCAAUACUUGCUGAAUCAAGGCAGUCACAAUGCUCCUGCCGUGUAUGCUGCGGGUCCUACGAUGAACUUUGCAAUGACCUCUGUAUCCGGUGGCCAACAAGCAACCCAGGUCGCCUCACCACCAUUCGCUAAUGCCGUUUUCACUGGUCAUCCUAACCCAUUAGCCACUUUGAAUGCAACUCAGAGCCAAGCGGCGUGGGCUGCUGCAUAUAUGACUGCACUACAACAACAACAGCAACAAGCUGCCUACGUGCAUCCCGCCGUCCCUCCCAGCAUGCAUGCUCAACACGCGAUUCCCUCUCCUGGUCAAACAGCUUUUCCUUUCUACUACACAACCCAACCGUUCCAUUUGCCGGCUCAACUCUCACGUCACCCAACAGCUCCACGUUUGUCUCAAACUCCAGUUUAUCCGCUGCAAGCCGCAUACGCUUAUUCAUCUCCACAUGGUGCUCUUUUGCAUACUUCAAUCCAACAGCAUCCCACUGAUGUGUCUAGUCAUUUGGGUAAGGGAAGCGCUGGUGUUACAGACGUGGGAUCAACUUUCCAAUCAAUUACCAAUGCUACUCAAGUUCCAUGUAACAUCUCAUAUCCCUUCCUUUUACCACAACAUAUGCAAGUCCAUCACACGAGCCCUUCCGUUCACAAUUCUAAUGCUGUGUCUGGGCUGACGGCUGCCGCAGCUAAUCUAUAUAUUCAACGUCCUACUCGUCCUAGCUCCACAAUCAAUAGUUCUGGUCCCAUCGGUUCUAGUGCUACAUCCACCCCAAGUCCUUCCGUUAUGGCCACAGUCCCGCUGUCUGCGAAGUUUCCCACCUCCCACCUCGACGCAAAAGCUAACAUUCACUCUACUGUUGGGGAGGUGGAGCCUCAGUCGUUGACCCCUUCGGAAUCGACCGAACACCAAGUCAGUAAUACGGUAACCUCUGUGUCUCUGGAGUCAUGCAACACGACGGUAAUAUCUUUGGAAUCACCCGGUGCUUGUGUUUAUUCCCAGCAAAAUGUCAAAUCGGUUACUGAUAGUGCAAACGCUGUCUGUCUCUCCGAGCAAGCAUCUGGUACACCUAAUAUCGCUGUUCCUCUGGCCUCUGUCACGGAUGAAAAGCCGGCUCAUUUCAAUUCUGCAGAUGAUUCUGAGGAUUCCGCGAGUUCCGGUAUAGGUGAAAUGAACUCAGCUUGUAGCAGCAAUACUAGCGAUGCACUCACCAAUUCGUCCAGCACGCUGACCGACCAAGCGAUCGGUCCGGCCCACUAUCCGCUGGUUAGUCGUCGACAAUAUUCUCAUUCAAAUCGUUUUAAGGACGCGUCAUCCAAAACCUGAUCUAUAUUUUCCAUACUUUGUCUCCUCUCUACCACCAAUACCUUUGCCUCAUUCACGCUUUCAUUCUCGGUUGUUCGUGUGCAGAUCAAACAGCCUCGCCCUCAUCUUGACCCUUCCGGCAACGUUUGGAUUCAAUUCUGCCCUGAUAGCGAGCUGAAUGAACUGUUGACUGUGACCGCUUCUGCUACAGCACCACUACGCACCACUCCUGCAACUGUGGGAGCAUGUGUGAAUACUUUUCAGUUGGCGAACUGCUGCUAGUGAUCGUCAUUCCGCGCAUUCACACAAACACCGAUACUUCAGAAUUUGGUCAAAAAAAAUCCCAAAGUUUUGACUGAAACUUCCAAAAAGAUUCACCCAUUUUUGCCUGCAUUGAAAAUCAACAGAUCCCACUUACUUCCUCUCCACAUUGUUGUAUUUUUUCGGCCAACGUUUUGCAACCGUCGCCCUGUUGUAGGAUGUCAACAAUCACCGGAUGGUAAAUGUUGAUCUUUUCAGACUGCCUCAUUUACGCGUCGCGGUCAUCGUCGUUCGAGGACUCGAUGGAUGGAUGGAUGGAGGUUCUGUGAUACAUUCCCGUGAUCUUGUCAAUCAUACUCUGCUUUUGGCUUGGGUCAGCAACUUCUUGCCUCAAUGGCUCACUUGUGCCGAGAUAGCCACGUUCUACUUCGUUCUUAUCUGUAUUGUUCCUGCCUCCUGUUUCUUCCAAUCAUGCAAAACGUGGUGCACAUCACCCACACGGAGAUUUGGAACUUCACACAUACUUUUACCUCCGGUCGACCCCAUCCUUAUCGUCUUAUAUGCGUAAUCAUCCUAUUUUCUCAUCUAUUCCGGCGGUUCAUCCACUUCUUAUCAGUACUAUUAUUAUUAUUACUAUUAUCACGCUUGCUAGAACUUAUUUCAUCUUUUUGUCCUUCUGUAGGUCGUCUCAGCUAGUCAUUAUUUAAACGCCCCCCUAUCCUAGUGCUGCUACCUCGAUUGGUGCUCUCCCAACUCGUUUCGUCUGCCACGACUGCCCUUCUUUUUCCAUGAGCGAACCAAGCGCCUUAUGUAACAGUUUUUCAGUGGAUUCUGCUGUUGCUCUGGCCGCCAUCUCUUCCUUCUCGGCGUGCUCCUCUUUUCAGCUUCACCCCAAUCCAUUGAUCUGUCUAGGCUACACACACCAGUUUCGGACUUCAUCCACGAUGUUUCUCAUUGUGUGAGUAAGUCUUUACUUUCCCGCUGAUUUUACUACUAUCUCUGUUGCGUCAGUGGUGCGCGAAGACGCAAGGGGCUUCUGCUUCAUGUGGACCGAAACUUCAAUUAGGUUUUUCUAUAAAAACAAACAAAAAAUUCUAGAUCUUCCAUUUUUCUAAUGAAAAAAACCAGAAAAAACUGACUGCCGGCUCCCCACCCCUCCAGACUCAUUCAGCUGUGUUGUUGAGGAGAGGAUUUUUAUUGUGGAAACCAUUGGUCUAUGAUGAUGAUUGGUGUUCGUACGAAGACUGUAGAAGAGCGUGGUCCAAUUUUCCCCAGAACGUCGCACGGUCCUUGGCUCUGAGAUGUAAUUGUGUCUGCUGCCACUUAUCUUCCGACCUGCUCCGAACACAAAAUUAGUUGAAUAAACUAUCAGACCACGCC